AGCCCCGGGGCAGCGCGAGCCCAACCGUCGUCCCCGGUGGCCGCCAUGGCGGAGCGGGAGAGCCUGGAGUUCGGCAAAGCCGACUUCGUGCUGCUGGACGCCGUCACCAUGGCCGAGUUCAUGGCCAACCUCCGGCUGCGGUUUGAAAAAGGACGGAUUUACACGUUUAUCGGGGAGGUGGUGGUUUCCAUGAAUCCUUACAAGAACUUGAACAUCUACGGGCGUGACAUGAUCGAGCAGUACAAAGGGAGGGAGUUGUACGAGAGGCCUCCUCACCUCUUUGCCAUCGCCGAUGCCGCCUACAAAGCCAUGAAGAGGCGAUCAAAGGACACCUGCAUUGUAAUAUCAGGUGAGAGUGGGGCUGGGAAGACGGAGGCCAGUAAAUACAUUAUGCAGUACAUCGCAGCCAUUACCAACCCUGGCCAGAGAGCAGAGGUGGAAAGAGUGAAGAACAUACUGCUGAAAUCCAACUGUGUGCUAGAGGCCUUUGGCAAUGCCAAAACAAACCGCAACGACAAUUCCAGCAGGUUUGGAAAAUAUAUGGAUAUCAACUUUGAUUUUAAAGGAGACCCCAUAGGUGGGCAUAUCAAUAAUUACCUACUAGAAAAGUCUCGUGUGAUUGUGCAACAGCCAGGAGAACGAAGCUUUCAUUCUUUUUACCAGCUCCUCCAGGGGGGUUCUGACCAGAUGUUACGUUCUCUACAUCUUCAGAAGGACGCGUCUGCGUACAGCUACAUCUGUCCUGGAGCACAGAUAAAGUGUUCCAUCAACGACGGUGCAGAGUUCAAAGCAGUAGCUGAUGCCAUGAAAGUGAUUGGCUUCAAGCAAGAGGAGAUUCAGACUGUCUACAAAAUCGUGGCUGCCAUUCUUCACUUGGGGAACCUGAAGUUCUCUGUGGAUGGUGACACGCCUGUCAUAGAGAACGGGAAGGUGGUGUCGAUCAUCGCUGACCUGCUCUCAACCAAGUCCGAGAUGGUGGAGAAGGCCCUUUUGUUUCGAACUGUAGCUACCGGCCGGGAUGUCAUUGACAAACAACACACCGAGCAGGAAGCCACCUACGGCAGAGAUGCCUUUGCUAAAGCUAUAUAUGAGCGCCUCUUCUGCUGGAUUGUGUCACACAUCAAUGAUGUCAUUGAAGUGAAGAAUUAUGACACUACAAUCCAUGGGAAAAACACAGUCAUUGGCGUCCUGGAUAUCUAUGGCUUUGAAAUCUUUGACAAUAACAGUUUUGAGCAAUUCUGCAUUAAUUACUGCAAUGAAAAGCUACAGCAGCUCUUUAUUCAGCUGGUUCUAAAGCAGGAGCAGGAGGAGUACCAGCGCGAGGGAAUUCCCUGGAAGCAUAUUGAUUACUUUAACAACCAGGUCAUUGUUGACCUGGUAGAGCAGCAGCACAAGGGGAUCAUUGCCAUUCUGGACGACGCCUGCAUGAAUGUGGGAAAAGUUACAGACGAGAUGUUCCUGGAGGCUCUGAAUAACAAGCUGGGGAAGCACGCUCAUUUCUCCAGCAGAAAGCUUUGUGCAACCGACAAAACGCUGGAGUUUGACAGAGACUUUCGGAUCAAGCACUACGCCGGAGAUGUGAUCUACUCAGUCAGUGGAUUUAUUGACAAAAACAAGGACACUUUAUUUCAAGACUUCAAGCGCCUCAUGUACAACAGCUCUAACCCUGUGCUGAAGAUGAUGUGGCCUGAAGGGAAACUGAGCAUCACCGAGGUAACCAAGCGACCUCUGACAGCUGCUACUCUUUUUAAGAACUCCAUGAUUGCACUAGUGGACAACCUGGCAUCAAAGCUUUGUGCAACCGACAAAACGCUGGAGUUUGACAGAGACUUUCGGAUCAAGCACUACGCCGGAGAUGUGAUCUACUCAGUCAGUGGAUUUAUUGACAAAAACAAGGACACUUUAUUUCAAGACUUCAAGCGCCUCAUGUACAACAGCUCUAACCCUGUGCUGAAGAUGAUGUGGCCUGAAGGGAAACUGAGCAUCACCGAGGUAACCAAGCGACCUCUGACAGCUGCUACUCUUUUUAAGAACUCCAUGAUUGCACUAGUGGACAACCUGGCAUCAAAGGAGCCCUAUUAUGUCCGUUGCAUUAAGCCCAACGAUAAGAAGUCCCCCCAGAUUUUUGACGAGGAGCGUUGCAGGCAUCAAGUGGAAUACCUUGGCCUUCUGGAGAACGUGCGAGUGCGCCGAGCAGGCUUCGCCUACCGCCAGACCUACGAGAAGUUCCUUCACAGGUACAAGAUGAUCUCGGAGUUCACUUGGCCGAACCACGACCUCCCUUCGGACAAAGAGGCGGUGCAGAAGCUCAUCGAGUGCCACGGGUUCCAGCACGACGUUGCUUAUGGCAAGACCAAGAUUUUCAUCCGCACGCCCCGCACUCUCUUCACCUUGGAGGAGCUGCACGCCAAGAUGCUUGUGAGGAUUGUCCUCUUCCUACAGAAGGUCUGGAGGGGCACUUUGGCUCGCCUUCGCUACAAGAGGACCAAAGCUGCCCUCACCAUACUCAAGUAUUACCGCCGCUACAAGGUGAAGUCCUACAUCCACGAGGUCGCCCGGCGCUUCCACAACGUCCGGCAGAUGAAGGACUACGGGAAGCACGUGCAGUGGCCCACCCCACCCAAGGUGCUGCGCCGCUUCGAAGAGGCACUUCAGAACAUUUACCACAGGUGGAGAGCAGGAGAACUCAUCCGGAGCGUCCCACCAGAAGUCCUACCUCAACUGAGGGCCAAGGUUGCUGCCAUGGAGGUGCUGAAGGGUCACCGAGCUGAUAUUGGCCUGCAGAGAGCGUGGGAGGGGAAUUACCUCGCACUGAAACCAGAGAACCCUCAGAGCACGGGCUCCUUCAUCCCCGUUGCCAACGAGCUGAAACGGAAAGACAAGUACAUGAACGUCCUCUUCUCCUGCCACGUCCGCAAG